AUGUCUGCUAUUAGCAUUACCGACGUUCAUUGUCAUCUAACAGACACUCCGUCUGAGCUUAACCUGGUGAAAGAGUCCCAAAUCCAUAAAUGUAUCGUCAUGUCCACUCGGCCCUUUGAUCAAUCUUUCGUCGACCAAGCUGCUAGUGACUUUCCUGACAAGAUUAUUCCGAGUUUUGGUAUUCACCCAUGGUUUUCGUAUCUUUUAAUUUCAGACAAGGAGGGAAUUGCAGUCGAUAUUUCUGCUGAAGAACAAAAAAUGCAGCACUAUCAGAAUAUCCUUCAUCCGGUGCCACCCAUUGAGUUUAUGGAAAAGCUUCCUGAGCCUAUUCAUAUGAAUGUUUACUUGGAAAGAUUACGACACUUUUUGUAUAAGCACCCAAAUGCAUUGAUUGGUGAAAUUGGGCUUGACAAAUCAUUUCGCAUUCCCAGUGGUCCUUAUAACAGUCGUAGCUCGUUGCCUCAAGGCCCACUUUCCCCUUACUAUGUGAACAUGGAGCACCAAAUCGAAGUGUUUGAGCAACAUAUGAAUUUAGCAGCUGAACUGCAAAGGCCGGUCAGUAUCCAUUGCGUUCAAACAUACGACCUACUUUUGACUUUACUUAAGGCUCGUUGGGAAGGCCAUUGGGUUCCCUCUCUGCGAAAGCAGAGAGAGAAUCCCUUAUGGAUGGAGGCUUAUCAACAAGGACCGUUACCAUUUCCCCUUCGAAUCUGUCUUCAUAGCUACUCUGGCAGUCCCGAACAAGUGGAACAGUUUACUGACCGUAAAAUUCCAUCUAGGGUAUACUUUUCAUUUUCCGAGGGCAUCAAUUCUCGCUCAAAAGGUUUCACAGCCUUAUUGAGCGUGUUCCAAAGGACAGACUGUUGAUUGAGACGGAUCAUCACUCGGCGAAUGGAUUGGACGAUCUAAUUACGCAGGCCAUUCAACAUUGCUCAACAGCAAAGUCUAUUGAAAUUGAUGAGAUCCGACGCUUGACAUCCCAGAACACGACUGAAUUCCUGAACUCUACGGAUUUUCUUCCUUAA